AUGAAUGUUUCAACAACUACAAUUAUUAACAAUGAUAAUGUUAAGGUCGUCGAUUCCUUACCAAAUUUACACCAUUUGGCCCAUAUAAGAAGAAAUGUUGCUAGAUCAAAAGCUGCUAACCCAAGUCUAUUAAAAAAUCAAUUCAAUGUUCAUAGAAUCUCCGUCUUAGAAUACAGUAAAUCUUUAUUAAACCAUUUAAUUAGAUUAGAAGAUUCGACAAAUUUAGAAUACCCAUUAAUUAUUAAUAACUUCAAAGCUCAACCACAGAUCAACGACAAAAUGAGAAACUUAAUCAUAGAUUUCAUAAUUUGUUGUCACACAAGAUUAAAGUUAUCAUCUUCAACUUUGUUUUUAACCAUUGAUUUAUUGAAUAGAUAUUCCUCCAAAUUUAUUAUCAAGUGUAACAAUUAUCAAUUGUUUGCCUUAACUGCAUUAUGGAUUUCAUCAAAAUAUUGGGAUUCCAAAAAUAAAAUUCCAAAUUUUAACAUUUUAACAAGUUUAUGUUGUAAUCAAUUUACUCCUACACAAUUUAAAGAAAUUGAAUGGCAUCUAUUAACUUCAUUGAAUUGGUCAAUUUUACAAAAUCCAACAACUGAUUAUUUUAUUGAUUUAUUAUUAGUUAUCGAUAAUAAUAAUAGCAGUCAAAAUUUAAAUCCAAUUUAUUGGAAAAACUCAAAUUUAAAUUUAAAUGAAAUUAAAUCUGGAGCUAUCCUAUUAGCAGAAUUAGCAUCCUUUGAUUUGAACCUAUCAUUUAGUUAUAAUUCAUCUGCAAUUGCAUUGGCUUCAAUUACAUUAAUUACUUUAGCAUUGAAUUUCCAUGAUUUAAAUAACUGGGAAAAUUAUCAUGUUGAUUCUAAAGAUGCCAAUUUAAAUAAGAUUUGUGAUAAAUUAUUAUUUUUAGCUACCGAUAAGGAUGCUUUCCCAUCUUCUUUUAAAUUUAAGUAUUUGAACGAUCAACAAAAAAAUUCUACAACAGCUGCUGUUACCAACACCAAUUUGAAUAACGGAAAUAAAAUAUUAACAGCUUUAUCAAAUUAUUAUUUGCAAUUGCAAUUUGAAGAGUUUUACAAUUCUCAAGAAUUUAACAAUUUGGCAAAUUCAAUCAAUGAUAAUUUAAUUAAUGAUCAAAAUAUUAUGCAUUCAAAUAACGAAUUUAUGAAAACAAAUCAAGAUUCAUCUAGUAAUUGCAUGAAGGGAAGAAUGAAUAUUUACAGUAAUCAUAGUAAUUAUAAUGACAAACAUUACAAUAACAGUAAUAUUAAUAUUACUAACAAUUCUCCUCAUUCAGUUUCAUCUUCAACUUCCUCUUCUGCAAUUUCAACCUUUGCAUCUCCGGAUUCUGCUAUGACUGCAGAAUCUGAUAAAGAAAUAUCAUCUUCCACUUCAUCACUGUUGCCAAAUUCAUUAUUGUUAUUACCAUUAACUCCAACAACUCCAACAUUAUUUCAAGUCGAUACCAAAUCUAGUGAGAAAAAGAGAUUAAUGACACUAAAUUCAAUCAAUAAUAACAAUAAUUUUUCUAAACAAGAUAAUCAAGCAAGUGCAAGAUCAAAUCCAAUAGUAAAUAUACCUGCUAGUUCAGGAAUUAGAACUUUUGUUAAAGGACAUAUCAAAAGAUCAUCUUCUUCAAUGGAUAUUGAUUUUUUUGAUACUGAUAUGGAUUACAAACGUAACCCUAACAGAUAUUAA